AUGUCAAGUUCACCAAGGCGCUCGCCGCGUUUGAAAUCUCAGACAUCAGCUCUUUCGCCAGUUGAAUUGAACGAGAUGCCUAUCAUUUUGCCCCCCGAAACUCCGACGCGUAAAUCGCCCAGAAAGACUCGGAACCGAAGUCCAUCUCCAAGCAGCCCCGUGCGCCGUUCGCCACGUUUACGCGCCAAAGAGUCGCUUGCACCUUCUGCACAUCUCGAGAUGGAUUUGCAGCUUUCCCCUCCAGUCGCUUUGCCUGAAUCCUUGAUGUCGAGCCCCGAGCGUGUUAAUGAAGAUGAGGACCAAAUUGGCGAUACGACUAUGGGCAUGUCCCCACAAGCCAACCCCCCCAAUGUUCGAAAUCAAACUCCGAAACCCUAUUUUGAAACGGACACCGUGAUGAUUUUUGGUGACGACGCAAUGAGCUUCGCUAACCCGGAUCCAGAUGAGCAAGCACCCGCGGUCCACCUACCAGUGAGUCCCCAUAAACGUCAUUUUGAAGAAGUGGGAACUCCAGAACUCACUAUUACAUCUCCACUACCAGUUAAUGGGAGGCCAAUGGCCACGCCUGUACGACAUGUGCGACCAAGAUCAUCUUUUACUACGCUAGUUCCACCUGAGACGCGUGGAAGACCUAUAGAGUCUCCUUCAAGACAGUCCGCAGAACCGCAAACUUUAUCACCUACUCGUCCUUCUUCUUCAUCCCGUGGCCCUUCAUUUGCCCGCCCGACCAGAGCUUCUUUGGCACACAACAAUGGUCAACCCUCUCCGCAUACCCAAGAUUCGCCAUCGAAAAUGAUACGAUUAUCGCAAAUCCCUGAAUUAGGACCAAAAUCAUCUGUGGUUGGAACCCCAAGGUCGCCAAGUCCUAGAUCACCCACAGCAGCACGCUCUCCUCGUUUGAGCAUGCAAACGCCCCGCAGACUAGGCCGUGAGGUUCCGAGCUCUCCUAUGCGUCGUACUCUUUCGCCAGUUCGAUCUUCCAGCAGCCGAAAAGCUCCACCAUCGUCAGCUAUUGGUAUUGAAGCAUUGUUGACCCGUAUCGGAGCAGAGCUGGACCCAACAGAACUCAAGCAAUUGGACGUAAGGGUUGAGCUGUCUGGGACCCGCUAUGCUCAAUCAAUUGUUUCAUUGCAGAAACGGGCACAACAACUUGAGGCGCAGCUAGAGAAGAUGGCCACUGAUUCUACUGUCGCGCCCGGGGUAGAACCCUUGCUCAAAACAUACAAGGACAAGCUUGAUAAGGCUACUUCGAUUGAGCUUGUUCAGGAUGAGAUUCAGUCUGCUAAGGAGCUACUCCAUAAAGAAACUGUGAAACUCUCAGAGACAAAGCACCAAUUCAUGCAACAUCAGACUCUGUCUGCACGAGAGCGAAACUUGAAGGCGCGCAUUGCUGAAUAUGAGAAAUUGCUUCAGCAGCGUCCAGUAACUGCGUCGAAACUGUCAAGUGUAAUGAAAGAAAUUGAACAAAAAGAGAGAGAGCUGUCAAAGUUGCGUGUUGAAGUCGACGCUCAGGCGAAAACCCUGCAUGAAGAGAAUGCGCGAUGUGAUAGCUUGAUGGAAGAUGUUAUGAAUCAACAAAAUGCCAGUAACGAUAAGGAAAGUACCGCAAGAGCGAGAUUGGAGCAAGCAAGAAACCAAGUGAAACUAGUGGUGGAUCAGUUUAAAAUGAGGGGUAUCACUUGGAGUCCGAACGGGUUUGUUCUCCAUCAUCGCUUUCUUGAAAUUUUGUACGAUCGAAAAUCAAAAACCCAGAAAUUCACUUUGCUAGUCGAAAACCCGGUAUUCGAUCAUUAUUUUGCACUACUUGACAAGACAAAGUCCAUCCGAACUAAUCUGGAACUUUGGGGUACCGCACUGAAUACCUAUCACUUGCUUAAUGAUGUUCGUGCUUUAGGAUUCAACCAGUGGAUUAAACGUGGCGAUCAGCUUGUUCUACGCCAACGAGUACCCCAGGGAACGGUCGAGAUUACUCUCGAUCGCGGCUUGCCCCGUGUGUCGGCAAAAAUUCACGAUAAAGAGCUUGAAAAGAAAAUAACGGAUUUUGAAUCUUUAUCUGAACUCCUAGCAAGUCAAAGAUAG